AUGGCAUAUGACCCACAGUCUCUGAUGGCGCUGCAGUACAGCGCCCUUCACCACUGCGCCACCCAGGAGGCCUUCUCAGCAGACUGUGUCUCUGUAGAGUCUCAGCAGACUGUGUCUCCUGUAAAGUCUCAGCAGACUGUAGUCUCUGUAAAGUCUCCAGCAGACUGUGUCUCUGUAAAGUCUCAGCAGACCGUGUUCUGUAAAGUCUCAGCAGACUGUGUCUCUGUAAAGUCUCAGCAGACUGUGUCUCUGACUCAUGCCAAUGGCUCCAUAAAGCGAGGCAACAAAGACAACGCUACGGACUCUAUGCCCCUGCGCACUGGCAUCGGAGUACAGCUCAAAGACAUCAAAGUGUUCAGCAGGGCCAGGCAGCAAGGAACUAAUGUGUGUAAAGAUAACAACGGAGGGUGCCAGCAACUGUGUCUUUUCCGUGGCAACGCAGAUCGUACAUGUGCCUGUGCUCACGGUAUGUUGGCUGAGGAUGGACGUGGUUGCCAUGACUACGACGGCUACUUACUCUACUCAGAACGGACUAUUCUAAAGAGCGUUCACCUAUCGGAUGAAGAGAACCUAAACGCUCCUAUAAAGCCGUUUGAGGAUCCUGAGCACAUGAAGAACGUUAUAGCUCUGACGUUUGACUACCGUGGAGGAGGAGGGAAAGGAGCCAAUCGCAUCUUCUUUAGUGACAUCCACUUUGGGAACAUCCAGCAGAUCAAUGAUGAUGGCUCGGACCGCAAGACACUGGUGGAAAAUGUGGGUUCGGUGGAGGGUCUGGCAUACCACCGUGGCUGGGACACUCUGUACUGGACCAGCUAUACCACCUCUACCAUCACCCGCCACACGGUGAACCAGAACCGCUGGGGCGCCUGGGACCGUGACACUGUGGUCACCAUGUCUGGAAAUGACCACCCCCGGGCCUUCGUUCUGGAUGAAUGUCAAGACCUGAUGUUCUGGACCAACUGGAAUGAACAGUCCCCAAGUAUCAUGCGUGCCACCCUGUCCGGUAACAAUGUACUGGUGAUCAUAGGGAAUGACAUCCGCACCCCCAAUGGCUUGGCCAUAGACCACCGCGCUGAGAAACUCUACUUCUCCGACGCCACCCUGGACAAGAUCGAACGCUGCGAGUACGAUGGCAGCCGGCGCUACGUGGUGUUGAAGAAUGAGCCAGUCCAUCCGUUUGGCCUGGCGGUGUAUGGGGACUACAUCUUCUGGACUGACUGGGUCCGCAGGGCUGUCCUCAGGGCCGACAAAUACGUGGGCGGAGACAUGAAACUCCUCAGAGCCGACAUCCCGCAGCAGCCAAUGGGCAUCAUCGCUGUGGCCAACGACACCAAUAGCUGUGAGUUCUCCCCGUGUCGGUUGAACAACGGAGGUUGUCAGGACUUGUGUAUCCUGACCUCAGAGGGAAGGGUCAACUGUACGUGCCGUGGCGAUGGAGAGAGGAAACUGCUGGAGGACAACACCUGCAUCG